AUGUUCGAGGCUCGUCUUCAGCAGGCAGAUGUUUGGAAGAAAAUAAUCGAUGCUGUGAAAGAUCUCGUUCAAGAGGCAACUCUUGACUGUUCCGACAGUGGAAUUAGCUUGCAGGCUAUGGACAGUGCGCAUGUGAGCCUGGUUUCUUUGCUCCUACGCAGCGAUGGCUUUGAGACAUACCGCUGCGACAGAAAUAUCUCAUUGGGUCUAAACAUAACCAGGCAGGUUUCUCGAGAAAUACUAAUUUUCCAGUGCUUCCAAAAUCCUUAAAUGUGCUGGUGGAACUGAUUCAGUCACGCUUAAGGCUGGAGACCAGGCGGACACAAUCACUUUCCUCUUCGAAUCACGAAGUAAGUGAUAGUUUGCCUUUUAAUAUUUUUCAGAUCAAGAGAAGGUAUCCGAGUUUGAGAUUAAGUUGAUGGAUUUGGAUGUGGACCACUUGGGAAUCCCGGUACGGACUCAUGCUUACGUUUAUUUUCCAUAGGAAACUGAUUACAAGUGUGUUAUAAAAAUGCCAGCCUCCGAGCUCCAAAGAAUUUGCCGAGAUCUCGGUCAAAUUGGUGACUCGGUCGUUAUUUCUGUUGCGAAGGAUGGCGUGCGGUUCAGCUCUACUGGUGAUCUUGGGUCUGGAAACAUUAAGCUUGCUCAGACCGCCAACGCCGAUAAACCUGAGGAGUCGGUGUCAAUAGAAAUGAGUGAAGCUGUCAGCAUGACUUAUUCCCUGCACUACUUCAAUAUAUUUGCUAAAGCUGCGCCGCUCUCCAGCCAAGUUACGCUUUCCCUGACAGAAAAUGUUCCUGCAGGUAAUAUUUCCUCCUCGCUAACUCUUGGUAGUGGUCGAAUUCUCAAUUGAGGAACUUGGCUAUAUUCGCUACUACCUGGCUCCGAAGAUUGAAGAUGAUGACUCAUAGUUUCGGGAAACGAAGAUCAAGAUAUGCAAAUCUAUUUUAUAACUAUUUUGGUACAGUAAAAUAUUUUUUGUUGCGUGUAGAAACAUUCCUUCAUUACACGCCUUUGACUAUUUGUUUCCCCGGCGCCCUCACCGAGCGAGUAGUUUCUCGCCCGUGGAAAGUCCAGAAUGGCCUUUAAUGUUUAUCUAGGAGAGGGCUCUGGAGCUGCUUUACGAUGUACACUUUUAACGUCGACGAUUUGCCAUUUCAACUCCGCCUUGCUUGACUGAACGUGUCACCGUACGGGAGUUAAGAAGUCGGCGGCUCCCAAAUCGAAAGACAGCCAGGUGGGGAAUCUUAUACUGGGGCCGAUAGUGUACGUGCGACACCGAAAUCAGUUGCAGCUAGCGUUUUCGUCAGGCAAUUGUUAGCCGAGAUACUUGCCUUCGAGCUUCGUCUGGUUGCGGCAAAUCGGUGGAGAAAUAUCGACAGGCGUCGCAGGCUGGGGAUUUGGUCACGUGAGCUAGGCGCACCGAACUCGAUGUGGGCAAGCGACGCCGACUUCCGUGAAAACGGACAGCUGGACCGAGGAUGGGGCAUAGCGAGGUCGGAGGUGUUCGUCUACGACACGAGUAACAAAACGGUCGGGAAAGCGAACGCGGCCUCCACUGUGUGAUACAGACGGGAGGGACGGGGCGGAGCCGUGUAUAGUCCAGUGGAAGAGUUGAAGGGCCAGGAUGAUAAGGUUACAGUCGGAGAUAGUGGGGCAGGAAUUUGACCACAUGGAAUGCUUGACGGUGGGAGAAGGGGAGAAGCCGGGGCUAGGGCGGACGGAGGGGGAUCAGUACACUUUUGCCCAUGAGGCAUGUCCAGCUGUUCUCCGAGGACAGCAACUCUGACUCGGUCCAUGCUGGUCACGCUAGCCACUGCGGUGGAUUUAGCGGUACUUAGUAGUGCGUGAGAGUAUCCGGGACGGUCCUUCGUAUGGUGACUAAGGGUUUGUGCGCAUGGUCACUGAAAAAAUAUGGAUGCAGUGGGCCAAGCCCCUUCCGACAGGAAUUGGUUGAGUUCACGGCCGGGUCAGGGGCGACGGACAUGUAAACUGCCGCAGAAAAUGUACAAAGUUGUCAGGGGUCGUGGCGCGGCGAGGCGGUUGAACUAGGCACACGCGGAAGUCGAGGCAGUACUGGAUAUCGAUUUGGAUGUGCAGCGGUCCGGAUCCGACUUCGGUGCCGUGCGAAUGUCAAGAGGCGCCAGAAGUAGGUUGUCAGACCGGUCUGCUGGGUCCUCUGCGGCACGCAGUGGUCUUGCUGGUGGUGAGAAUGCCCGACCAUGCCGGAUGGUACACUGUCGGCCAGAUUCACGUGCCACCAAGAAAGAUACUGAUGGCGUGGAGGAUAGGGGACUCGAGGUAGGCAUCUUGGUCAGUCGUAACCGUUGAUGAGGCAUCGAAAAUGGCAACUGAACUGCUCACAUUCGGCGGCGAAAUCGCCUCGGUGCAGCGGGUGUACUGAUCGCUGCAGAUAAGGUAAGUGUGACCACUGAAUGGAGGCAAGAGACCCACGACAUCUGGAUGAACAUGGCUGAACCGUGCGUCGGGGCUGGGGAAGGUGCCUGAUAAUGCAGACGUGAUCAUUCCCAAGCUCUGAUGUUCCUGUUCAUGGCAGGUUAGACGGACCUUCCCUGUGGCUAAGAUCCCAGUUCAGUGGGGUCUCUGAAGAGAUUGAACCGCAUCACGGCUCAUCGAAGCGCGGACGAAUUGGGUGAUGAGGGGUCGAGACAUCACAAGUAAUUGCGCCAUCACCGGUGGUCAGGGAAACGUCUGCUAGCUGGGCAACACCACCAAACUCGUCGCCAAGACAGCCGACCCGUUACCUGGUUGCUAUGGCAGUAAGGUCGGUCGCGCAGGAGCUCGGAGACGGAAGGUCUGGACAGCACACCAUCCGCCUCAUUCUCCGCGCAAUCGAUGUGGUGGAUUUUGUUGAACUGCGAGGUGUCUAUGUGGGCGGUCUCUCGGGUCAUACUCAGUGGGGUCGAAGGGCAAACGUCAGCGGCUUAUGGUCCGUGGGAAUAGUGAAGUCGGGGACGCCCUACGGCCAUGCAAAUGGCGCGUCUCAGCCGACGGGAGUUUCCUGGGGAAGGCCGCUAAGCGGAUUGAACCAGCAAGCUGUUGAAGGUGGCCGCCUGCAGAUACGGUCAAGGCGUCUACCAUGAGGGACAGGGGAGCUUCGGAGUUUGGAUCCCUCAGCCGGGGAAGCUUUGAUUAUCUUAGUGCUCCACCAAUAAGCUCGAGUGGACCCUUGAGACCGAAAAGAAUGUUGGUUAGCGGUAGUAUGAGGUCAGAACAUUUCGGUGGGAACCGGCGAUAAAGAAUUUACCAGACCAAGAAGAUCUUCCAGUUGACGCCUGCAUGCCACUUGACGGGAAUCAUGGUUUGCUUCGAAGUUAAAGGACGCAAACCCUCAGAGUCGACAUUACGAUCAAGGAAUUUGAGAGGAGGCGCGCUAAGAGCGCAAUUGGAGGUCGAACAGCAAGGGGAGAUGCCCUUGUCCAUCCACAUCCCGAUUAGCCAUCUAGAAGUCAUCGAUGUUGGCGCACACAGACAGCAGGCCAGAUAAGACAUGGUUGAUGAACCCCGGAAAAGUCUGGGCAGCAUUCUGAAGCCCAAGGGGCAUGCUGAUAAGUUCGAGGAGGCCAGAGGGAGUAGUGACGGCAGUUUUGGGGCAACAGCUAUCCAGUGAAAGGCGUGCUCAAGGCCAGUGUUCGAGAGGAAUCGUUUUAUCGAAAAGAUCUACGAAAUCCUGAAGACGAGGCACUGAAUACCGGUCGGGAAUGAUAACAUUGCUGAGGGUAUGGUAGUUGCCGUAGAGACACGUAAGGUAGGGACGCCGGGAGGCUCGAAUUGUGGGAUGGUGCCGAGCUGCAGCAUGUGUCCAAACUUCUCCUUUGCGACUAGCAGUCGGGCCGGCUAGGCCGAGCGACCGCAGGGGGGCCUAUAGUGCGGGUGUGGUGCACAAUGUCGUUUUGGAUCUAACCACUGCGACACUGGUGGUUGCUGAUACCCCGAUGUUUGGGAGUUCCCGAUAAGGAUAAAUAGUUGCAGGAGGUUGUAAAGGCAUUCAGCCCACGAACAGGUAGGCCGGUUGUGCGGUCAAGCAGUAAGGGCGUCGGCGGUCCACAUGAUCGGCUGGAAACUCCGAGCCGAGGAUUACAUGGGGGAUGUCGGCAAUCGCGAAGAUCCAGGUCGAUGUUCGGGAUGAGGAACAGGCUGCCAGGCAUGGGGAUGGGACAACAGUUGGCACCUUGGGAAUGAAGAUCUGGAUUAGGGCAGCAGUGGUCGGCUGUAGUGGGAGGAACCACAAUGAUUAGGGCUCCGGUGUCAAGUGGGAAACGUCUAUCAUUCAGACUGUCGCUGACUUAGAAGGUGCGACCAGAGUCUGAGGCGCUAACUUGUCUCACCUGUUGGGUAUGCUUCGAGGCGAGGGACCAGAGCGAGUUUGAGCAACGAACCUUGUUAACAAAUGUGGCAUGAUACCACUAAGUGGUACCUGUGUUGGGUCAAGAUAAAGAAGCGUUUCGGACUUACCAGGUGGGUGGUCUCGAUGCGCUCCAGAAAGAAAGGGAGGCUGCCUGCUGCGACAUUCGUCAUUUGUAACCUUAAGGGUAGACGUAGGAGGAGCUGAGAUAGUUGGAAGUGCGACCACAGAGGACUUGACGAAAAUGGGCAUUCCCGGCCGUUUGGGUAAGUUGUGGCCGCAAGAAUGCCAAAAGCGGAGGCCAAAAUAUGUAAAACCUCUGGUGGUACCUUAUUCAUUGCCAGUGACUGACUGAUUGGGAGGGAAAGAUCGGAAGAGGUCACCACUUGUCGCUGUACUAGGAUCGACCACAUAGAGGUCAACAAAUCAGAAGGCAACGAAGGCAUUUAGCUGGACAAUCUUUUACUGAGGUCGAGAGUGUAGACCCAGCACCACAAUCAGUUGCAACUAGCGUUCUCAGCAGGAAAGUUUCUACCAGAAUGCAUACGCUCGGAUCUCGUCCGGUCGCGGCUAAUCGGUGAGGAGAGAAUUAUCUUUCGCCUUCACAAGCCGGAAGUCGAGUCACGUAGAUUGGGCGGACCAAAGAUUACAUGAGCCAGCGAAGGCUCUGACGACUUUGAGAACCAGCAGCUCUAUGACGUAACUGGAAAAGGAGGUGGUAUGGGCUAACGGACAGGAAUUUUAGGUUUUGCCCGCAGAAUCAUAGCCCGACCUGGUUUACUAAGAAAUAAUGUCACCGCUAGUGUGUGCAUCCUGGAAUCCAAUUGAACUAGUCUCUUCACUGACAUCUGAAGGUUGUCGGGGCGGCCAGACCUGAACUCUGGCCUUGGUUUACGUGAAUGAACUUUGUUUGGGCUCUGAAGCGCAGUAAAAGCCGCCGCCGAAUGGGUUAUGUUAUAACCCACUGAGAGGUCGAGUCCUAGCUUUCGACCCGACCACUACAUUUCUAAGCGUCACCCCUGACUGUCGGCGGAUGUUCAGUCAGACUUUUAUAUGCUGUAGAAAAUAAGUUAAAGUGCCAAGGCGUCGCUACUCAUAAACCAUGUCUACGAUCGCGCAACUUCGUAAUACCUUCAUUGCUGGGGUCUGGUCAGUCUAGGUGCUCUGUGUGGUCGGUGACAAGUCGACUGAACUGAAUGACGCGCCUACGAUGAAAAAGUAUUCGCAAUACGUUAGUUGUAUCGGUUGUUGGAGUCUUCGUCAUCCCUUCUUUUGUCCGUGUUUAGAGUUUAAGCGAAACCAAUGGCGAAACUGCGUAGUUUAUCUCCGUGAUACACACCUCUUCAACGGCAUUAUGCGUUUAUUCAGUACAUGACUUAGUACACCCUAAUCCCAGGUAUCAUUGUGAGUGACAGUUCGACCUGUAGCCAUCCUUUCAAGCUCCAAUCUCAUGGACAGGAUGGAGCAGAGGAAGGACUUGCUCGUACUUUUAACCACAGGUUUCCUGCAGCCCUUCCGCUGAGACGUCUCCGCUCUCUUCUCCGGUCGCCUGUCAGCCUGGCUGCACCUUAGCGCUGUCACUCGUCUAUGCCACCUUCGGUCAGCCUAACACGCCUGUCGAUGACUGCUCGCGCGCGCACGUGGGAGUCUGCCUCUUGUACGCUGACGUCAUGACACCGGUCGAUAGUUUUGUCCUCAUCGAUUGGCAGCGGUCAGACAAAAGUCCAGGCAUGCACAUACUCUGCGCCAGGACUAACAACCUAAAUGCCUGCCACACGGCUGGUGAGAACAACCUACGAAGUACUAGUUCGGGUACGAACAAUUGCCCUACUUGGAGGCAGCCUACAUACGGCUGGAGAAACCCGAUCCGUGCAACCAGUUGGAUCACGUGACCAACCUUAAUCCUUUGAGUUACACACUCCCUCUGCAUGCUAACUCCCCCAUUUCCCCUUUCCGUACUUGUAUUUUUAGGUUUUCAUUUCCUAGUCUGUGUACAGUAAACAAUGGCCUUGCUGUUUUGUACUGAUCUUUUUUUCUGUGGGAAUUCAAAUCACUGUAUCUUUCUCAUUCGUAUCUGCGUUAUGCAGUGAGAGGUUGCAGUUGAUAAGCCAUCACGAAAUGUGUUGAUUCCAAUAAAUUCUGCGGCGCAGACCUGUUUCCAAGACUGUAUUCCCUUACUUUGGAUUUGGAAGACCUCGAGAUUCCGAACAGUCACACGUUCAAAGUUCUGUUGGGAGAGGGGGAGUGGGUGGGGACUGGGUGUCAGACGAUUCCAUUAGUAGUCGAGGAACGGCUCAAAAAAUCAGAUUGACGUUCAGGCAAUCUCGGUGACUAAAUGUUUUUUGGCAGGAUUAUCUCUCUGGCUCAGGUGGAGACAACGACUGAACGAUUCAUUUGGAACUUCUCUGACUCCUGUGUUUUACCGGAUACCAGCCCUCUACACCUAGAGAUUACUACCAAGUCGGAAAAAAGACACCUUGCUCAUACAAAUCCGUUUCUAAUGUUACGAUUUGCUUAGCAGAUCAGAAGAAGCAGGUGGAGUUCAGGUGUCGGUUCAGGACUGGCGCAGCGAAAGGCCAUAUGCAUGGUUUGGUAGGUAGCGGCAGUUAACUCAGAAAAAUUGCAUUUGACUAUCAUAUCAUCCACAAGACAUUUAACCCUCUUUCCUUAUCCUUCGAUGAUAUUGGGUAGCCUCUUACGUAUGAUUCAGAUUUUAACCCAGUCUACGAUAGUUUAAGGUAGACCACAGAUGUGGAGUCGUCUCAGAAGUAACCGCCAGCCUAUUUUGCUGGAGAUAUUGCCGCCCCUAAGGGAGAUGGUCUCGACAUUGUGGCCGCCAUAAUGACCUCUGCCAACGAAAUUCCCGACGAUUCAAACCUUUGCGAGGCUUGAUCCACCGUUAAGGAAUCCUCGAUCAUGUGAAGAAACGCAGAGACGACCGCAGAAGAUGCUCUCACUGGCUUCGAAAAUCAGCAUUGAGGCUAGGCGGACUGUGCUUAACCGCAUACUCGGGAGCAUUCGGGCGUCAACUUGCCUUCCCAUGGGCCGAUGUUUUGGGUUAAAUGACAAAAUUAAAGUGCAGUCUGGGAGGCCAGACGAGGACGAAGAUUGCUCGUACCGUAACUCGUGAGUGUUUCAGCCUUACACUGCUUACUUGGAUUUGGCAGAGUUCAGGAUGUGUGCACGAGCAUCACCAAUGUGGGAAUAUGUUAUGUAACAGUUCCCAACAUCAACUACUGAAUAUUAGAGCAGUAGCGAGAGUUUAUCGUUUCAAGUUUUUGAAGCUAUUCUGCUGCGCAGAAAUGAAUCGCAUCACUAGAGCAAACACGAGGAAGAUCCUUCCCUAAUUGGUUCAUCCUGCUAGGUAACAGGCACAGCCUCACGACUGACCAGAUCCUUUCUAGAGCCAAGUUGAGAAUGUGUUAUGUAACAGCUCCGUACCCCAACUACUGAACGUCAGAUCAGUAGCGGGAGUGCAUCGUUUUCGUUUUUGCAGUGACGCGCUGCUGCAAUGAUGAAUUAGAGCAGUGUUCGUUGGAAAAAAACACUGAGAAAAUUAUUUCCCGACUAGAUUAUCCUGUUAGCCACACAGGUACGUGGAUGGUUAUUAAAAAUAUGCGGGCGACACACAACCUUUUCUUGAUUUGAAGAGUUAGUCAAAGACACUCUGGCAAGGACACCCGUGCAAACACUGUAAUUCCUGCAGUUUCCGGUUCAGGGAAUCAUCAGUACAGCAAGUUUGCGUUUUGACCGAAAUUUUUGUGAUCACGUAGUACUUCGGGACCCGUCUCCUUAUCAUGCAGUUUUCCGGCAAAUAUUGGAAACGAGUAUUCUGAUUCAAAAUACCCCCACACGGAGCGGAGCAUUAGUAAACAAACAAAUCAUCUCUAAACAGACAGCAUCUAGGAGAAGCUUAGGGAGAUUCAUGACUUGCUUCAUGAAAACAGGUAUUCUGACAGGUUCAUUGCAAAGAAUACCGCCGAACGUCCGGAAAAAACCAUUACAUUGACUGCCGAAAAGCAAACUCUGUUCUUCAAAAUCCCUUUCCAAGGGAACGCCGUGAGUGAACUCCCGAGAAGACGGCUUUAAAAAGCUGUCUCACGAAACCUCUCAGCAGCAAAGGUUCUAAUAGUAUUAUCUCCUAACCCUAUUUUACGCGGAGAGGGUAAGUACAGGUUACAAUCUCAGACCAACUCAGAGGACAUCUAUUCCCUCCUUUGUUCCUGUGGGGAAGGUUAUAUCGGUUGCAUGAGUCGGCGUCUAUCCAAAAGAAUACGAGAACACAUCCCGGUAUGGCUAGGAAAAGGCGAAACUUGUGAGCAUAAACAACGCCAUUCUUGACAAUUUUGUUGAUUCCGAGCGUCGUGUGGACCCCGGCGAAGCAUUUCGCUAAGCCAUUGGGCUAGCGUUUGUUAGCAACGGCAGAAGCGGUCGCAAUCAGGUAACGAAGGCCGACCCUGCGCAUACAGAAGAACCUCGUCCGCACUUACCCUGGUCAAAGGUCGACCAACUACAUGCAACUUUCCGAACCCUUCCAGACUCACAUCGUCCGUGUUUUAAAGCGAACUUUAAUCGAUUACUCAACAAGGAUGCAGUAUGUGGCCAUCGGGUAAUACGAGUCCUAUGGGUGGGACUAGACGGCGGAAAGAAGAGGCCGAUAGUAGGUAAACAUUCGGCAUAUUGCGUCCUCGCGCUAGGUUUCUCUACAGCUGCUUGCAAUAGAGCACCCAUACUAGGAACCCGAUCCCUUGAGGAACGAUGGGGGUAUCGAGAUCCCUGACAGAUCAGGAAGAAGUUGGGCAUAUUCCACAGCUCUUCCCGUUUGUUUUCAUAAAAGAAGUAGAUUAUAUUCCAUAUAGUUACGAGAGCGCGGAAACGUUAAUUAUAAAAAAGACAAAGACGCAAUAUGCCAAGAUGACUUGGCUUUUGUCCUCUGAGUGGGGUCGGAUAUAGUACCCUCGCCGAUUUCUCUAUUCACUGACGCUUUCGACUUGUACCCAGGUCCCAUAUAGGUGUGCCAUCUUGACGAGAAUUUAUCGAAAGCAAGCAUAUGCUCACAAACUAGUUUUUAAAAUGCUAAUGAUUAAGUAUAUGCGCGGGGCAAGGGAGAAUUAUGGAGAACUACUUGCUAUAUUUUUCAAAGAAUGCGCUGCUCUGCAAAGAUUUGGUCGGCUUUUUCUCGGUAGGAAGACACUCUCUGACCUGUAUCGGCCCGAGAGGCCGGUAGUGCUGGAAUUUUUACAUUGGUUCAUCGUUCUACGUACCCCAUGCGUAGUUCUUUGGUAAAAGGCAUGGUCAGUCUAAAAUAUUUCCGAUGUGGACAGCGGUCAGGUCGAAAAAGUACCUGAAAUAAUAAUAGAUGGAAUGCAUACGUCUACUAGUAAAUUGGGAGUAUAAACGCUGGUGAAAUUGUUAAACAACUGUUGGCCCUAUCUUAUUAGAAGCACAUACUUAAUCCUUGCCUUCGGAAUAAAGCACUCGACGUGAUAACGUAUCCAUUAAGGGGCAUUGCAGACGGCAAACAAGUGAACAGUCGUUAAUAACAAAUAAUCAACAGGUCUGUAUAGUUCCACACUGACCAUAAAUCAAGUAAGAAUUGUCACAUUAUUUGUACAUGCGGAGGGGGAGGACAAACGAUCAAGGACGCGUCACAAAUAACAGUUUGACCGUCGCGCGCGAAGAUGUCCACCGUGUACUUCACAGCAUGGUGGGCACAGGAUGGUGACUUGCGCGUGAAUUGAUUUACAGCGGUGGUGAACUUGCACAGUAUGCACUGCACACUCUCCUCUCUCACCUACCGUCGAGAAGCCGAUGAGGACAGUUGCAUAGCGACCACCGCCAACUAGUCGCACUCUGCUCCCGGCCAAGAGGGUGGGGCAAGUACUAAAUAAUGCAGAAACGACAGCAAAGCUAAGGAAGAUAUAAAUAGUAAUUCGUGGCUCUGUGCCGCACUCGGACUGUCAUGUCAGUUCCGCCGUCGAUAACAGUGAUGUCCACUGUGUGUCCAAAGCGUGAUGGGCGCAGGACUGUGACUUGCGUCAUUUCUUCUUUAUUCCAGACUACGUUCUCUCCACAUAUCUGAAGACAGGCAGUAUCUACACGCGAGCCGGACAGCCCACAAACCUUGGUCCAAAUAGUGCUGGACCUCGAGCCUCAGUGAAGAAGUAGAUGCCGUGGAUGCCCUCGAGAACUAUGGAAACAGCAUCUGCCUGUUCUGUUCACUGAACGGUUUUCAAUACCCGGUGGUUAACAGGAAGAGUCUUCUGUCCCUUCCGAGCGUUGGUAAAUCGAACAAUUCGAUAUCGAAUAAACUUGCAGAUGACGAGGUGGCGAGCAAACGUUGCUUCCGAUAACUUCUCUUCAGACCGGUACAGUUAUAUGGAAACGGGGUACAGUGAUUUAAUUAACAUUGACCUCGUGUUGGGAAUAACUGGCAGUUCGACAGUCGUUUGUGGCGAUGUCCGAAAUGUGUCCCACAGCAUCGUGGGCCCGGGGCAAUGACUUGAGCGCGACUUAGUUUAGAGAGAUACCAUACUGCGGUUGGGUGGACGGUGCUUGGCAGCAAAACCACUUGCAAUCCCGUUCAGGCAUGGGAUCAGUGGUAGUCCGUGUGAACUCGCCUUUUCAUUAGCAGCUGUUUUCGGCUAAAUGUCGAUGUGAAUGACAACACUGAUGACAGGGCUUCUUUGGGAAAGGUAAGAGCUUUAUCGGUUGAUCUUAGGCUUCGCUUCCCACGGUCGUCGCCAGACGAGUGUAAGUGCACAAAAAAACAGUCAAUAUUUCAAACGUGCUCAAAAAUCAAUACCUGCCCCGCGUUUCAGCAACUAUGCGGCCGCCGCAUACGUUAUUGUGCAUUGAUUGGUUCCCGUCUCUCCCGUAAUUUUUCUCUGAGAUUUUUGUACUUGGCGUCUAACCCAAUAUGCCCAUCAAUAAUGCAUGACUCAUCUAAGCGCAUGACUUCAAAAAGUUCUGGCCUUUUUCGUAGGACAGACGUCAAAAAUGCGAGCAUUGUCGCAGGAAAAAGUGUUCCCAGUAUCUAGUUUGUGCAGGGCCAUUUGAGAUAGAGGGUCUCACCUCUUAACUACCAACUCAAGAUCGUGGAUGCGUGUGGAGGCAGGCUUUUCACUUUGACCAUAAUAUACGUCAUUGCAUUCUACUCAUAAGAUCUUGUAGGCAAUUUCCUUCUUCUGAAGAUAGUCAAUCCUAUCCUCAGAAUGUACAUGCUGACUGCGUAAGGUAGUCGCCGGUCUGUGCGUCACUUGUAUUUGGUGUUUUCUCAUGUGCUUUUGGACGAAAUCAGAUCGGAAAACUGUACACUAUAAAAGACAAAAUGCUCGACGUGGUACCGCAUCCGUAGAGUGGCCUCGUAGUAGGCAAACAAGCGAACAGAAAUUUGCAGCAAGUAAUCAACAGGUCUGUGUAAUUUCAAACUGAUCAUAAUCCAAAUAAGCAAUGCCGCAUUUGCGACAGUAAUGGUCAAGAGGACGAGGCCAACAUAAUCUCUCCACCGGAAUAGGCAAAUGCCAAUGCCAACGACCCAAUGUCCCUGUCUCUGAUAGAUAGCGGCCGCCAACCAGUGAACAACAUCUCCAGUGAAGAAACCGCAAAUGGUCCAGUAAGCGCCGAGGAUAAUCUGCGUUCCACUCAUUCACUGCCUGCCUCAGCUGGCGAGGGUGUAGCCUGA